UCACGGAGCUUAAACAAGGCCCUCUAUAGCCUCUGUCUGCUUACUGUGCCACAAAAACGCCCACCUUCAUAACGGCUUCUUGCAUAAGCGACUGUGGAAGAAAGCUGGGGAGAGUGGUGGAGUUGAUUGCCAUGGGGUUUUCGACCCAGAAGCCCACCACCACCACUUUGCGGCCCUUUUGCCCCUCCUCUUUCUGGACUUCGCGCUCUUGUCGUUCCUUUCGCGUCGCUUCUUCUUCUUGGCCUCUCAUGGCUCCCUCCGAAGCUCACUAUGGCAGCAGAAGAAAAAUCCUCUCCGUUCAGGUAGUCAACAAUGGCUGGCUGAAUAGCACUGUGUCUUGUAAUUCUCUUCAAUUUAGAGAAGGUUCCUUACAAUUUCUAUCAAGAAUAGUUAUUGGGAUGAAUAAACACAAUGAUAUGGAAUAUAACCGUCAUCUGUAUAAGACUCCAAUUCAUGGUUCAUUCAUGAAGUUUUCGACUGCAUCGACUGGCAUGUUGAAGGAAGUGACAGAUGAAGAAGAGCUCAAUUCUUCACAUUAUUCUGAAGCAAAAGUUCAGACUGUAAGUAUUUUUGCUCAUGACUGUGCAACAUCCAAUAUUGCUGCUAAAGGUGAACUGUUUGGUGAUAGAAGAGGCUGGGUGCGAGCUAGAGAUAAUUUGACUGUAACUAAAAUGCAAAAUAAGUUUGGGUGCAAUAAUGGCAGCACUUAUGCAUCUAAAAUAUGUAUUUCCAAUGGCCAGGAGCAGGUUCUUUCUAAGGACGGAGGGCCCCGUCCUCUUUUACUGAAGGACCAUGAGGUACCUAUCUCAUCCCCUGUGGCCAGCCAUUCUAAAUCGAAAAAUACAAAGGUACUGAUGGACUCUAAAAGGGCAGGCGAGUCAAUUGAAUGCCAUUUGGUAAUCAAUAAAGAUGAAACUUCUGAUAUAAAUGAGAAUCACAAUUUGGAGGCAUCUACCAAGCAUGCUGACAUUGCAUUAAUGUCCAAAACAAAAUAUGUUACUGGUGAUUCAAAGCUUCGCGCCAGGCUCUGUGGCAUUUAUAAUGAUAUAUUGGUCGUUGAUAAUAUUUCUCUAGCUAAGGGAGUUGUUGGAAUGCUUACAAAAAAGUACAGGCAUCUUGUUCAUGCAUGUGAUACUGAGGUGGCCAAGAUUGAUGUCAAAGAGGAAACACCUGUUGAUCAUGGGGAGAUAGUAUGUUUCAGUGUUUAUUCUGGUCCAGAAGCUGAUUUUGGAAAUGGGAAAUCCUGUAUUUGGGUGGAUGUUCUUGAUGGUGGAGGCAAAGAGAUGUUAUUUGAAUUUGAACCGUUUUUCAAAGACCAAUCCAUCAAAAAGGUCUGGCAUAACUAUAGCUUUGAUAAUCAUGUUAUAGAGAACUAUGGGCUUAAAGUUUCUGGUUUUCAUGCUGAUACAAUGCACAUGGCACGAUUAUGGAAUUCAUCAAGACGCUUGGAUGGUGGUUAUUCUCUUGAAGCACUUACAAGUGAUAAAAGGGUUAUGUGUGGGGCUCAUUUGAACCAUGAAAAGGAUUUGAUUGGUAAAGUGUCGAUGAAAACUAUAUUUGGGCGGAAAAAGGUGAAAAAAGAUGGAUCUGAGGGUAAAAUGAUUACUAUUCCUCCUGUUGAAGAGCUACAAAGAGAUGAACGAAUACCUUGGAUAUGUUAUUCUGCCUUAGAUGCUAGGAGCACUUUGAAGCUUUAUGAAAGCCUUAAGAGCCAUCUCUCAAAAAUGCUGUGGAAAGUUGAUGGAAUACAGAUGAUGGGACUGGUGUCUGCAAAAACCAUGUAUGAUUUCUAUGAAGAAUAUUGGCGGCCAUUUGGUGAACUUCUAGUCCAAAUGGAAUCUGAAGGGAUGCUAGUUGACCGUGCAUAUCUUGCUGAGAUAGAGAAAGUGGCCAAGGCAGAGCAAGAGGUAGCUGUUAACAGGUUCCGGAAAUGGGCGUCUAGGUAUUGUCCUGAUGCAAAGUAUAUGAAUGUGGGAAGUGAUGCUCAGUUGCGCCAGCUGCUAUUUGGUGGCAUGGUGAACAGUAAAGACCCUAGUGUGGCACUUCCAAUAGAGCGGACUUUCAAAGUUCCCAAUGUUGAUAAAGUCAUCAAAGAAGGCCAGAAGGCUCCCUCAAAAUUUCGCGACAUUAAGCUGCAUAGCAUUGGUUGUCAACUGGAAACUGAGAUGUACACAGAAUCUGGUUGGCCAUCUGUCAGUGGUGAUGCUUUAAAGGCUCUUGCUGGAAAUGCUUCAGCUGAAUAUGACUUUCUAGAUGAGGCCUGUAACCUGGGUUGUGAUGAUGAAUAUGAAAAUUCUUCUAAGGAUGAAGUUACCUAUGUGGAAAAGGACACUACAGCUUAUGGAACUGCUUUUUCUGCCUUUGCAACUGAGGAUGAAGGUAGAGAAGCUUGCCAUGCAAUUGCUGCUUUAUGCGAAGUCUGUUCAAUCGACUCUUUGAUAUCUAACUUUAUCCUUCCCUUGCAGGGUAGUAAUGUUUCGGGAAGGAAUGGGCGCAUUCAUUGUUCCUUAAAUAUCAACACGGAGACAGGACGCUUGUCAGCUAGAAGGCCUAAUUUACAGAAUCAACCUGCGUUGGAAAAGGAUCGGUACAAGAUUCGUCAAGCUUUUAUAGCUGCACCUGGUAAUUCUCUUAUAGUUGCUGAUUAUGGACAGCUGGAGCUAAGAAUUCUUGCGCACCUUGCCAGCUGUAAGAGUAUGCUGGAUGCCUUUAAAGCUGGUGGAGAUUUCCAUUCAAGGACUGCAAUGAAUAUGUAUCCACAUAUUCGAGAAGCAAUUGAAAAAAAGGAAGUGGUUCUGGAGUGGCAUCCUCUGCCUGGUGAAGAUAAACCCCCAGUUCCUCUGCUAAAGGAUGCAUUUGGUUCUGAAAGAAGGAAAGCCAAAAUGCUUAACUUUUCAAUUGCCUAUGGAAAAACUCCUGUGGGGCUAGCCAGGGAUUGGAAGGUUUCUGUAAAAGAAGCUAGGGAGACAGUUAAGCUCUGGUACAAUGAUAGAAAAGAAGUUUUGGCAUGGCAAGAGCAGCGUAAAAAAGAAGCCUGUGAGCAUCAUUGUGUAUACACACUGCUAGGGCGAGCCCGGCGGUUCCCUUUGAUGGCUAAAGCUACAUCAUCUCAAAAAAGUCAUAUUGAGCGGGCUGCUAUAAAUACACCUGUGCAGGGCAGUGCAGCUGAUGUUGCCAUGUGCGCCAUGUUACAAAUAUCCAGAAACACACGGUUGAAAGAGCUUGGAUGGAAGUUACUUCUACAGGUUCAUGAUGAAGUCAUACUUGAAGGGCCAACAGAAUCUGCUGAGAUUGCAAAGGCUAUAGUUGUUGAGUGCAUGUCCAAACCGUUCGAUGGCAAGAAUAUUCUUCAAGUCGAUCUCGCUGUUGAUGCUAAGUGUGCGCAAAACUGGUACUCAGCAAAAUAGAUACUUGGUCUGAGCUUUUACGGUAGGAAGGCCAUGCAUUGGUUUUGGAGGGGCUUACUUUGGCCCAUCGUGCCGCUGCCCUUACUGGAUCUGGGGAAUGUUUCCUCUCAUUUUACGUAACCUUGGCUUCAUAAUUGGCUUUGUGAAUGCAAUCAAAGAUGCUUUCGCUUCAAUCUCUUUUUGGUCGUGAGACUAAGGUUUUGGAUGUUGUGGGUGGCGGUUCCAAUUUGAAGGCUGGGAAUCUUAAAGCAGUGCAUGAACGCCCAUAGCAAGAAGCAAAUGGCUCAAACCAACUGCUGUCUCCGCCUUGGCUACUUUCAUUGGUUUGGUUUUUAGGUUCCAUGUGAUUUGCUUCAUGUACUUAUAUGAUUAUCGGUUCGAUGUAGAUUGUAUUAUACAUGUAUAUAAAUCAAAUACGGUGACCAUAUCAAUCCUGCUGAUGGCCAUGUUUAGUCUUAGUUUUUUUUUUGUUGUUGUUAUAAAAUGAUCAAUUAUAUUAAA